GUUGAGGUGGCUCAGGCAUUUAGACUCCUGGACGCUUCCCUAGUGAGGUGUUCCGGGGAUGCCCAGCUGGAAGAUUUGGCCGGAGACCGGAAAGUCUGGACUUCCCUACUGAGACCGAGUUGGUGAAGAGGAUGAACUCUGGCAAUGGCACCAGGAAGAAAGUUGGCAGGCAGCAACAGCAUCAAGCGAGCAACAUGAUGGCUUGUGAUGCUAAAACACUGACUGAAAUUAAAGGUUUAUUCAGCAAAUUUAGAACCUAUGUCAAACCAUCCAAUGGUGAGUGGUGCAUUCCAAAUAUCAGUGUUGCCCUCAGACAUUCUUCAAAAGAUCAAAAUUGCCGCCUUCAAGCCCUUAAGGUGUCACUUAAUGCUGUGAAGAACCAGCUCAGUGAUAAGAACAUCCAAGUGUGGCAUCAGCACACCAACUCCACCAACCGGGCUGGGAAGGUCAUCGCUGCAGUACGCUCCGCUGCCAACGCAGAAAUCUGCACUCAGGCAUGGUGUAAGUUCUAUGAGAUCCUUGGAACCUUCAGUCCUCUUCCUGAGGUGGCACUCCACUCUGGGGAGCUAAACACGGUUCACCUGUGUGAAGCACCUGGGGCUUUCAUAAGUGCCCUGAACCACUACAUCAAAACCAGCGAGGCCACACGCUACUGUGAUUGGAGCUGGGGUGCCAACACGCUCAACCCAUACCAUGAGGCCAACGCCGGAAGCACGACCAUCGUAGAUGAUCGCUUAAUCGCCAACACUCUACCAUGGUGGUUCUUUGGCUCAGAUAACACGGGCGACAUCAUGGUCCAGAAGCACCUCCUGGAGUUGCAGACAUUUGUUGCAAACAUGCGCAGAGUUGAUCUGGUAACGGCAGAUGGUAGUAUUGACUGUCAAGAGAAUCCCGAUGAGCAAGAGGCACUGGUGGCACCUCUGCAUUACUGCGAGGUCACUGCCGCUUUGCUGCUCCUGAGCCCCUGUGGCUCCUUUGUGCUUAAAAUGUUCACCCUGUACGAACACUCUUCCAUCUGCUUGCUCUAUUUACUCAACUGCUGUUUCCGCUCUGUCAGCAUCUUCAAACCUGCUACGAGCAAAGCCGGGAACUCAGAGGUUUACAUUGUUUGCCUCGACUACAACAACAAGGAAGCUGUGAGGCCCCUGCUCUCCAAACUGAUUCGGAAUUACGGACCAUAUCUGGCGGAAAGGGACGCGCUCUUCCCAGAAUCCUCAAUCCCAACGUCAUUCGUCUCACAGCAUGAGGAGCUGUGCCUGUACUUUCACACUCUGCAGGUGGAUACCAUCACAGAAAACUUGAGGUUGUUUGAAGGAAUGAGCGCAGAGCAGAGGGGGAGGCUCGAUUACAUCAGGGAUUGUACGGCUCAAGAAUACCUGCAACGAUUCCAGGUUACUUUCCUCCCUCGGAGUCGAUGGAUCUCCCGUAACGCCAUCAGCCCUGCCUGCUGCCGCGUCUCUGCAGGCCGCCCUCUGGGACAGAAGAAGCAAACAGGCUCCUUCAAUGAGCGGCGGGAAUUGCAAUCCCUGAGCUGGAAGGAGCGCGUGGAGAAGGGUUGCCAUGCCAGCUGGAUACAGCAACAUAGCAGUGCAAUCGAUGGGGCGGCUUGUGUGCUGCAAGGACCCCUGGUCGGCUAUCAUGUGGAUUCCUGGUACGUUAUCGUGGGUGCUGCACUGCCCGCGGUCAAAAACUCUCCAUUCUGUGCUGCAGUCUUGUUAAAUCACUUGAAUGAAACUCAGGUGGCUUCAUCUGAGAACUUAGCAGCGGACUUGAAUCAGCUGUCUCCCUGUGAGUCAUGCCGCGUGUUUAGUGCCACCUCCAUUUUGUCGGACACGGCAAGUCUUUACAGUGACAGUGAAAGGAACAAAAAGAAAAGGCAGUGUCUGGUAUUUGGCAGCCGCUCGGUGUGGGAAGCUUGUGGUAGCUGUAAUGGGGAUUUAGUCCUAAUGUUUCCAUCGGAGUGUUGUAAUCCUGAAGGAGGCUGUGGCAUGCUGCACGAUGCGGAGCCACAGUACCAGCAUCAGCUUGUGAACUGCAUUGUAUUGUCACUGCAGAGGCUGACGUCUGGGGAUGCACUGCUACUGCCUAUGUCGUCUGCACUCACCCGUGUCUCGGCUGCACUUGUGUUCUGCUUGCACGCCUGUUUUCGCUCCGUGACAUUCAGGUCCCCGCCCCCCUCAGGCCUGGUCGGAGCAGUCCUUGUGUGCGUCGGCUUUUGCCCUCAAGCUGCAAGCCAAAUACUCCCCGUACUGACUGAUGUCCAGAACUGUAUUAGUGGGCUGCUAAAAGGAGACGAUACAGGUCAAAGUCAGUCUGAGUGUGACACACAGGUGCUCCAAUUUGUGCCCAUGGAGGAGAUGCUCAUGGGAGGAUUGACUGACUUCUUGUGGACAAUGAACUCUGAAAUCAUUCGACACAGGCUGCAUUUGCUCAUGCAGGCAUAGGACGGACCAUAAGAAGCCUUAUUUUAUAUUAUAUUUUAAUUUGGGAUCACAAAAUAUUUGCAGAGAGAGGUUUAGCUCAUAAUCCAGAUACAGUGAAACCUCUGGGGUCAAAAACAAUUCAUUAUGGGGCACUGGAUAUCCUUCAUAUAAUAAUAGUGAAAAUAGACUUAAUCUGUUCCAGAGUUAAACUGUUGCCAUAAUAAAACCUUUUUUAAAUGUACAAUCAAUGUUUUAAGUUACAUUUUCACAUUCUUUACAGUAAAAAAAAAAAAAAAAAGUGAAAAUUAGAAUUGCAACGAUCAAACAGCCACCGAUCAGUAUCAGACGUUUUCCGUUAAAAAACCCACGAUUGGCACCGGUAAAUGCCUUUCAACGCCGAUCACCUGUGGCUAGUACUAUUGCAGGCCGUAGUGAUCCAUGCGUGCAGCGUAGUGUCUUGCCCUAACUAAAUUCUUGGGCAGUGUCCUCCACCCACUUUCCUUCACACUGCGCAAAAAAACCCCAAAACAAACCCCACAAAAUAGAAAUAAAAUGUUCAAAAAGGGACCCAGUAAUGAGUAGCUGCAUCAUUCUUGUUAAUCACCUCAAAAAUUGCUUUAGGCAUGCCAGUGCCCAUUUUUGUAAAUUGUCCCUUGCCAUCCAUCGCCAAAUGUUCUUAUUUGGAUUUUGAUCAGGUGAACAUGCACGAUGGUCCAAAAGAGUGAAGUUGUCAGGCGAGCAUUCUGAGCAGCAUUGUCCUGCUGAAAAUCCCAGUCAUUACCACACAGACGAGGGCCUCCGGUCAUGAGGGAACCCCCUGUGACAUCCCCACAUAGCCAUCUGCCAUUUGACGCCCCUGCACAACCUAAAGCGCCACUGUUCCAUUGAAGGAAAAAGCACCCCAGAUCAUGAUGGCGCCCUCUCUAAUGUGCCGUGUGGAAAACAUCUCAGAUGGCAUCUCCUUGUCAUGCCAGUAUUGUUGGAAGCCAUCAGGACUGUCAAGGUUACAUUUUUUUCUUGACAGAGAAUAAAACCUUCUUCCACCACUCAAUGUCCCAUUUAUGGGGCUCUUGCGCAAAUUCCAAACUGGGAUUUUUGUGCCGUUGAACGAGACGAGGCCUUUGAAGACGCUUUUUAUUGUUAAAACACUUGAGAUGCCAGAUGGCAGUCUGGUGGUUAUUGGACUGCACUCUCCACCAGUAACAACCUUCAUUUGGUAUGAGGAUCGUCCCGUGUCUUGACAGACAGCCAAUCGGAUUUUCCACUUCAGGGCUGGUGGCAUUUUUGUGGGUCUACCACUUGACUUUUUUGUUCCAUAACCCUCAGGAUCUUUGAAGAAGUUUCAAAUGACUGUCUUACUGCGUCCAACCUCAGCAGCAAUGGCACACUGCGAGAGGUCUUGCUUAUGCAGCUCAACAAUCUGACCGCAUUCAAAGAGAAAGAUUUUUUGCCUUUGCCAUCAAGAGAUCAUGACCGUGUGAAUACCUGACAGAAAAUGACACUGAAUCCACAUUUUUGCCAAGAUUUUGGCUUUUAAAGGCUGUGGUCUUAAACUCUGAUCAGCUGAUGAACAGUCUUUCACUUUAAUGCUUGUUUGUUUAGGUACUUAUUUUUUUUUUGUCUCACUCCCAGUUCUUCUUUUUGUAUUUUGAAGCUGUACUAAGAACCUCCUUAAGAUGUAUGUAUAUAGUGUAUGUGUGUGUGCUAUACUGCAAUUUAAAUAAAUACAUGAUAAAUUCUAACUAAAUAAGAAUAGCACCACAAACCCAGCUACUGGCAUGCAAUUGCAAGCAACGUUGUGUGCGUGCGUGUGUGCAUAUGUUAAAAGUUUCUUUCAUCAGAACUCAUGCGCAACUCUAAUCACUGAGGGUUUUUAGGGGAGAUUUAAAUAAACAAAAGUCCCUGAUGCUGAAUGCAGAGCCUCCUGUCAGUCACAGAUGGUUAGUAAGCUACUGCGGCCUACCCUGUAGUGGUACUUGUCUCCAGCAAUGCGUUAUUUUGUCCCACGCCGCGCUGGAGCUUUUUGUCUUUUGGCUAUCGUAUUGCUUGGCAACGGGUUUACCAAUUAAUUCCUUUCUGAUAAACUUCUUCUAUCUUUAAAGAAGUAGUAAUGUUGCAGGGUUAGUUUGCUUGCUUGUGCAUAUCAAAUGAUGAAAUUCUCGAUUAAAUUCUCUGCACACUACACAAAAGCCUACUGUAUAAUUUGUCUCAAUAAUGCCCCCGGGAUCUUUACUCUUUCGACAUUAUGGAUUAGAGUUGAAAACUGGAUCUCGGUGCAAACAAAAAAAAAAUAAAAUUGAAUCAACCUCACUAAUCUGACACCUCUUCUAUGCACCCAAACAAACCACUCAGAUGAAUAGAAAUGGUUUAGGAGAUUUAGCUUUAGGCAAGCGAAUAGAGAAGCAUUAAAUAAUCAUUGUUUAUAAAAAGCUGACAGGAGAAAUUUGAUUUGAGUUUGUUCCAGACCAUGGAUUUAAUCAUUCAUCAGUGUACUAGUCUUCCUGCCCCUGUAACAUUUUCAUUGGAUGCUUGAAUUGUGAAGGAUAGACAAACCAUACACUGUAAAAACUAUAUUUGAAGAAAGUAUAAAAGUCCCAUUUUAAGCAACCAUUACUUAUUUUUUUUCCUAAAAAGAAAAAACAUGGUAGGUUAAUUGGCCACUCUAGAAAUUGUAAGAAAAUAAAAUAAUCUUCCUACAUUUUUAGAAUAUAAAAAAAUGUUUUGCUUAAAUCUAGCCUCAUAAGAGCAAAUUUUAUCUCAGUUUUAGAAUCUUAUAAGAGCAUUUGGCUUACUUCUUACCUUGUAAUAAGAACAUUUUACUUAAAUCUAGCUAUGUGAGUAAGAACAACUUGCUUAUUUUAGGACUCAUUAUACUCUUAAAAGUCACAAGACAAAUAUUCUAGUUAUAAGAAUUGUAGCCAAGCAAAUUUUGCUUACCCCAUUGACAUAAUUUUUUGCUUAAAAUAAGAAAAGUUGUCUCAUUUUAAUAUAAUUUGGGCUUCUUUCAAGUAUAGCUGUUUUUGCAGUUUCUUAGUUCUGUGACGGAAAUGAAUAUUAUAAUAUAUUGAUGAGAUGAAGGACACACGUUUUGAAUGACAAAGUGACUCUGUUUCAAAUUUGACGUAAUACAAAACAUCCAUUGCUGACUUCAGGCAGGCAGCCAAUCGCAGGGCACAUACAGACAAAGAAGCAUUCACACCCACAGACAAUUUAUAAUCUCUAAUUAAGUGAACAUGCUUGUUUUUGGAGUGUGGGAGGAAGCCGGAAUACCCCCAAAAAUCCACACAUGCAUGGGGAGGACAUGCAAACUCUACACAGAGAUGUUACAGAGAUUUGAACCAUGAAUCUCCUGACUUUGAGACCAACAUGCUAACCACUCGAUCACCAUGCAGCCUGGAGACACUAUUAUGUUAAAAUAAAUGACUUACAACCACAAUUAUGAUUAUGAAACUGCAAAAAAAGGAUCACGCAAACAGAGCGACAUGAGAUCAGUCUUUGUAUCAGAAAAAAACAUAUGAGGUUGGUAACAUCUGGCGUGGUAGACACGCACAAUACUUUUACAUUAAAAACAGAGUUGUAAAUUAAAUGGAAUGUUAAUAUUUUAAUCUGUGUUAGCAGGCCCACUGACACUUUCACUUAAAGCCACAGUAAGGAAAGAUUUUUUUGUGCCAGGGCUUCCUCUAUAGAGAAGAUUAGAACGUUGUUAGGUGUGGGGUUGACAGGCCGUGUGCUAGCAUUAACUUGAACUAACUUGUGCAUCAAACAAAUAUGCACAUUAGCACUCAGUAACAUCAUCAAACCUUACUUUUAUGCAUUCCCACACACUAUCAGAAUUUGGGAACAAAUAUGAGGUGAAAGAAGCACAGGAAAAGUCUAUCUGUGCAGCAUCAGGGAAAGUUAGCACAUGCACACAACUAUGGUGCAUUCAAGGACCGUCGAAAUGCAACGAAACGAAACAUCAUAAUCGUGCAAAAACGGUGGGAUUUCUAACUGUAUAUUAUUAAAAUAAUAGCCCUUAUGUCCCAAAUUGUGAUGCAUUUACAAUAAACUUUGAUGUAGUUAUUUACAAAAUUAUUAUUUUUUAAAGUCUUUUUUCUUUUCAUUUUUUAUCAUUGCACCUGAAAGGAAAAGGCUUCUUGAGGCGUCAUCUGUACUUCUGUGAAGAAAGUGUCGGACGUUUCGCUCCUCAUCCGAAGAGCUUCGUCAGCGAACUAAUAAGUGCUGGUAGCUUAGGCCUUAAAUACCGUAACAGUGGGCGGAAUUGGUGUGCCAACACCCUCCUCCUAUUGGUUCGUUACACUAAGCCUGGGCGGAGUAGUGGUAUAAUCCUAUCCUGUUAUUAACACCUCCGAUAAAAGGGGAAGUGUCGCUCCCUGAAUAGGGUAUGAACGACUCUGAUCCUGGCUCGUUAGCAUCUAUUGUUCUGGCUCGGCCCUGGCUUCACCUCAUUUGCAAGACUAAGAGCUGUGGGUUUUGGUCUCAGUAACCUGCUGAACACAGGGUCCAAAUUAAACCUCAAACCACCAUUCCGAUUCAAUGAUGGGUUCUGUUGUUUGACAAAAAUGGCUUCCUUUACUCCUCUUUCAAACCAUCUGUUUUCUUUGGCCAAAAUCUUUACCUCGCUGUCCUGAAAAGAGUGAUUGGUAGCUUUCAGGUGUAGAUGUACUGCUGAUUGAGGACCACUAGAAUUGUCCCUGCGAUGUUGAUAAAGCCUUUUUUGGAGCAUUUGCUUAGUUUCCCCAAUGUAGUGCUCUUUGCAUUCCUCAUCUUUACAGUGGAUGGAAUAGACCACAUUGCUUUGUUUCUGGUUUGGAGUCUUGUCUUUAGGAUGCACUAAUUUUUGUCUCAAGGUAUUUACUGGUUUGAAAUAGGUAGGAAUUUUGUGUUGCCAUAAGAUCCUCUGGAGUUUUUCGGAGACCCCCGCUACAUAAGGGACUACCACUCCUCUCCUUUUUACUUCUGUGGGCUUUUGGGUUUCUUUCCCUACUCUCUUCUUUUGACAUUUGUUAAAAGCCCACCGUGGGUACCCACAGGUUGAGAGCGCUCUCUGGACAUGUUGUGUCUCCUUUUUCUUUCCCUCAGCACUAGUUGGUAUUUGUUCCGCUCUAUGUUGGAGGGUCCUAAUAACCCCUAGUUUAUGUUGUAGUGGAUGGUUUGAUUCAAAAAGCAGGUAUUGGUCAGUGUGUGUGGCCUUUCUAAAGACCUCUGUAAGUAGCUGUCUGUCCUUUCCUAUAAUUACCUUGCAGUCUAAGAAGGCUAGUUGGUUUUCUUUAGUGUCCUCGCAAGUAAAUUUAAUAUUGGUGUCCACCGCAUUGAUGUGAUCUGUGAAAGACUGAAUUUCUUGUUUUUUGAUUAUGACAAAGGUGUCAUCCACGUAUCUAAACCAGUGCCUUGGUUUUGUCCCUGAGAAGGAUGUGAGAGCCUGUUUCUCCAUCUCUUCCAUGUACAGAUUCGCCACUAUGGGUGAGACUGGUGAGCCCAUAGCACAACCAUGAAUUUGUCUGUAGAAUUUCCCUCUAAACUGAAAAUAUGUGGUGUUAAGGCAAAUUUCCAGUAAUUGGCAGAUUCGGCCACUACCCAAAGCUCAUGACCAUAGUUGAGGGUAGGAACGUAGAUCAACUGGUAAAUUGAGAGCUUUGCUCAGCUCAGCUCCCUCUUCACCACAACGGACCAAUGCAGAGCCCGCAUCACUGAGCAGAUGCUGCACCAGUCCGCAUGUCAAUCUCGCGUUCCAUCCUUCCCCCGCUCAUGAACAAGAUCCCGAGGUACUUAAACUCCUCCACUUGAGGCAGGACAUCCCCAACUCACUAGAUAGCACGCCACCCUUUUCUGCACAAUAAUUAUUUUCAUGCAUUAUCUAAAUUUGUGGACUUUUGUAGUACUUUUAAAUUAUUGCUGUACUGUAUAUUUUAGUUUAGUUUUCAGUGCAUGUUGGUCCUGCGUAGGACUAGGCCUACAUUUUUUUUUUUUUUUUGCAGCGGAGGUCCACAUCCCUUGAAAAAUAGUUCAAUUCAUUCUUGUGUUUAACUUUUUAUACUGUUUUAUGUCCAGCAAAUUUCCUGAAUAUGAAGGUAAAAUUACUACAUAUUGUUACUUUAAUGAUAUCAGAUGAAGCUCAGCUAUUUUCUGCAGUGUUGGGCAAAAUGUCAUAAUGGAAGAUGCUAAAAAAAACAUAGAUAAGAAUUAGUGCUUUAGAGACAUAAUCCAAAGAAACGAUAAUGGUUUUGCUGCUGAAUCAUCUGUGAUAACACAGUCCUGCAUAUCAACCUGCAGAUAAUGUUAAAGUCAUCCUUUUGUUCUUUACAUUUCCAUGUUAAUCCUUAAAGACUCCAUCAUAAAAAUAAGUAGAUGUGCAAUUUUCAAUACAGUUAACCAUUGUAAAUGUGAUAUGUUUAAAAGGGACAACAUUCUUGGAAUUCUAAGACUGUGUGGCUACGACUUAUUGUCUAUAAGAAAAAAUUAAAAAGUCACCCAAGGGGAAAAUAGGAAUAUGGGGUCAUAAAUCUGUCAAUGUGGCUGGUGUUUUCUCUUCAUAAACUACAACAAGCAAUUAACCCCUGACAUCUGACCAGAACUGGAGUGUCGAUUGGUUGAAAGAUUGCGGUUUAGUUCCUGUUUUUACAGCUGUAUUUGUGAUCUCUGUAUGUAAAUCACGUUGGACGAUCCCUGAUUUAAUGCCAUGGUCUCUGGGUUUGUCUUCAUAAAAUGCUAAUGAGUUUCACUUCUGUGAAGAGAUGAACCAGCAGGAACGAUGUGUCACGAAAUGGGACCGACAAACUCUGUCAUACUGUAUGUUCCUCAUGUCUGACGCUAACUAAAUAUAUGGGCCAUUAAGUCAGCUGUCUGAAUGAUGUAGAAGGCUUGACGGGAAAAAUUGCAGCUGUCUAAAGAAAUAUUUAGAUCAUUACAGACAAUGUGCUAUAUUACAUGUUACCAGCAACACAGCCCUCCAUGUAAUGGUGCUACUUAUCAUUAUUUGCUACUCGUCCUCGAGGAAAAAUUCAGUUUACUAUCUUGAGUUUUACCACAGCCAAGCGUGACGACAAAUCGUAUUAUUUGAGUGCUGUUUGUUUGUCAAUUAGCAGGAUCUGGCAAAAACUACACACCCCGUUUCCAUGCGACAUUGUGGAGGGGGGACACAAUUUUGCCAAGCAAAAAAAAAAAUUGCAUUUUUGUGCAAAACCUGAUAUAAAUGCACAUGGAAGUUACUUGUUUUGGCAUAUGCAUGUAUAAGACUUAUCUCUGUGUCGAUUUUUAAUGUUCUCCCCGUGCGUGGAUUUUCUUCGGGUACCCUGUUUCCUCUCACAUUCCAAAAACAUCCAUGCUAGGUUAAUUGGUGACUCUAAAUUGUCCAUAGGUAUGAAUGUGAGUGUGAAUGGUUGUUUUUAUAUAUGUGCCCUGUGAUUGGCUAGCGACUAGUUCAGGGUGUACCCCGCCUCUCGCCCAAAGUCAGCUGGGAUAGGCUCCAGCAUACCCACGCGACCCUAAUGAGGAUAAGCGGCAUAGAAAAUGAUGAAUGGAUGUAUUAGACUUCAAGACUCCAUGCCAACACAAAACAAAUAACUUUAAUUGAUCUUUUGUAGCUGUUAACAAAAUCAAACAAUAUUUUCUUUUUAUAGCCAUAGAUCAAAUUAGAAGUCUUCCAGUAAAUAAAUUUGGUCCAAAUAAUGUUAUUUUUUCCAAUUAAACAUUUGGCCAUAACAAACUAAGAACCAUACUGUAUUACUUUGUCAAACAAAUCAUGAUGAUGGUAACAACUGAGGAGGCGUGGUCCUCAUUUUACAGACUUAAGGCAAGGAAUAUACACCUCUAGAGAUGUAGCCACUCAUAAUAUACAGUACAUGUUUUGCAUGUUUGUCACACUUAAAUGUUUCAGAUCAUCAAACUAAUUUAAAUAUUAGUCAAUGACAACACAACUGAACACAAAAUGCUGUUUUGAAAUGAAACUUUUUAUUAUGAAGGGAGAAGAAAAAUCCAAACCUACAUGCCCCUGUGUGAAAAAGUGAUUUCCCCCCGAGUCCUAAUAACUAGUUGGGCCACCCUUUGCAGCAACAACUGCAAUCAAGCGUUUGUCUCUUACAGCGCUGUGGAGGAAUUUUGGCCCACUCAUCUUUGCAGAAUUGUUGUAAUUCAGCCACAUUGGAGAAAAAUAAAACAGAAUACAUAAUAAUAAUAAUACAUAAUAAAGUAGUAAGUGCACUCCUGUCCAGUCACUUAUAACGAUCACUGAUAACACGAUCGCUUAUAACUUGGACUGUAUUAAGAAAUGUAUAAUUGUGACAUUAAUUUUAUAUCAUGAUGAUGAAACUCAGCAAACUUGAAUUAUGACUCAGCUUCAAAAUGUUUGAAAGUACCUCAUUCACAUGCCCAUUAUAUUGAUAUGCUUAUUGUUAUGUUUUCUGUCCAUGCUGGUAAUUUUACUACUUAAUAUAUUUGUUAAUCAUGGUGGCAGCCAUUCCUGUGAUUGCGGACCUUUAGGCUUCUUAAAGGUCCUCCUCCCCACUCCUCGCAUUUUGCCGCCUUAGGAGCUCUGUCUUAGAAUCCGAGGAAUUCUAAGAUUUUCUAAGAGCGAUGUCACUAAGAAGCUGUUUUAGCCUUAGGAUGCUUUAUGAAUAUGUAUUUUCUGUAUGAUUGUCGGAAAUGGGAUAUGGAAGAACUGAUAACAUUUUGGGUGUGAUCCAGAUCACUGGAUGCAGUAAUUUUUUAAAGGGUUCUUUAACAUUGCGAGAUAGGACCAUUUUUGGCAUUUGUGCAUAUAACUCCACAAAAUAUGGUCCGAGCACUUGAAGGAAAACAUACAGGAUACGUUUCCAACAGGUUCUACAAAAUAUCAAAGACUGAUCCAAAAAAUAUUAGAUUAUCAUUUUGGUGUGAAUCAGCGGAGGUUUGCGCUCUCAGAGUGCUUCUCUAGUUAAUUAAUUUUUUUAGAACUGCGGUAGAGUUAAGGAGAGAUAUUCGAUGUAGCGAGGGACGACUGUAUGUCACUUCGUUGACUUUGCUGUGACUUCGUGGCUGCUUUUCUUGUAAUCUGGUUCCCCAAACGUAUCCUUGUGACAUCCAGAACACUCACUGGGGGAUGUAUCAGAAUCACAAAUUCAUUUGACUCGUAUUGUAUAGUUGAUUAUUUAUCUAUGACAGCAGUAUGACAAUGUUUUAUUAAGUGAGUACUUCCAUUUUGUUUGUUUUUUUUCUAACUUUUUUUGGAGUCAUGAGCACUUUCAGUAAAAAUACCUGAAUUUGCUAAUUUACCAAUCAAAUAAGAGAGUAAUAAAAUCCACUUUGUGUCAAAAAGGUAUUUAUGACAUGUCUUGAUUGAUUUAUGACCCCCUGUCAUAAAAGUUUAUGACAUGCCCCUCCCCCCACCCCCCCCCCACCCCCCAACAUCAAAGCGUUUUCACACCUAUGUGACGAAGAUCAAAGCGUUUUCACACCUACGUGACAUGUUUAUGACAGGGCAAUAAAACAAUAAAAGUUUAUGACGGGCCAAUAAAACAAUAAAACAUCAAAGUGUUUUCACACCUAUGUGUCAGGGAUCAAAGCAUCAGGAAGCAAUAAAAUUUUAUGGCAUACCAAUAAAACAAUAAAAGUUUAUGGCAUACCAAUAAAACAAUAAAAGUUUAUGGCAUACCAAUAAAGCAAUAAAACAAUAAAACAUCAAAGCAUCAGGAAGCGGACAUGCGGAAGUCAUAAACGGACAUCUGGAAGCCAUAAACUAUGAAAGAAGUUUCACACCUAUGUGUCAGGGGUCAAAGCAUCAGGAAGCGGACAUGCGGAAGUCAUAAAACAAACAAACAAUCAUAAAAUCAUUCCCACGUGACUGUGUUUUCUUCCGGCUGCGUGUGGGGGAAGCCCCCAUUCCCAUACCCCUCCUUUCCUAACGACCCCCCCUCCACCCCCACCACCCCCAAGACAUCCUCCGGCCUUAUCUGGGUGUGUCUCAGCAUGUGUGACUGGGGCCCCCAAUACCGCCCCCGCCGGCCUGUCUGUGUGUCAGGUUGUGUCUCAAACAUGUAGUUUUCUCAUUGAAACAAUACAAGUAAUACUGCUAAAACAGUCAAAACAUUGCAUCCUGAGCUCACACGUCCCCAUUCAAACCAUUUCAAUCAGCCAAUUGCAAAGACAGUCAAAACACUGAAAAGACUUUUUUUCCACAUUCUCAUUGAAACAAUAGAAAUAAUACUGCUAAAACAGUCAAAACAUUACAACCUUAGCUCACACGUCCCCAUUCAAACCAUUUAAAUCCGCCAUUUGCAAAGACAGUCAAAACACUGAUCAAAACAACAGUCAAAACACUGAAAACACUUUUUUACCAUAGCCUCAUUGAAACAAUACAAGUAAUACUGCUAAAACAGUCAAAACAUUACAACCUUAGCUCACACGUCCCCAUUCAAACCAUUUCAAUCAGCCAAUUGCAAAGACAGUCAAAACACUGAUCAAAACAACAGUCAAAACACUGAAAACACUUUUUACCAUAGUCUCAUUGAAACAAUAGAAAUAAUACUGCUAAAACAUUCAACACAUUGCAUCCUUAGAUACCAGUCUUUCUACUAUAGCUAUUUUGUUAAAAAUUAUAUUUUCUUAAAAAAUAUCAUGAUUACCUGUCAGCCGUCCAUCCACCAGCCUUGUUUCUUCAAUAGCAAAGUACAAAUGACCCAUCUAGGCCACUCCCUCCUACAUCUAGAACACUCCUCCCAACCGGCCGAUAAAGGUCAUGGGCUGAGGAGGUGGGGGUAAAGGAAGGAGGCGUGACUUUGUUAUUUACUUCAGAACGUGAGUAAUAUCUUAAAGGGCGUUGAUGGGCGUGGCGAACGUGUUGGGGGUGUGGAAAUGUGUGAGAUGUCUUAUAUAACGAGGGGUGUUUGAGUCAAACUAUGAGUGAUUGUUCGAAAAAAAAUGGCGGUGUUCAGGAAAAAGAGUCUGCAUCUUGACGGGGGACGCCUGGUGGUUUGUGAGUUUAGAGGCAUGGGAGUAGUUCCCUUUGUGGAUAUAUACAGUCAUGAAUAUAUGGAACCAGAGGUUACGCAGCUGAGAAUCUAUUCUACUGAAUUUGAAAAACUGAAGAGCUCCAUUCAAGAUUUCAUCGUUUACAUGCAACAUGUGCACGACCAAGGGGAUGUAGGACUUACGAGAAUGUUGCCAAGUGUAGCGGUGAGAACGGAUUCGCUACUGCGUGAAGAGGGUGGAUCUUUUCUCGUCGAUUGUUCGAGAUCACACAUCUGGCUGCUGGUCAGAUAUGCCACCUCUGCUGCUAAUACUGCCAGACCAAGGACAGUUCUGGAGAAAGAGCGGGAUUUCCCAAUUCACCUUGCGUUCAAGGCGGUUGACUUCCCAAAGCUGGCUGAUCUCUUGAAAGAAAUUAGUUUGUUUUUCACUCAAGACAGUGUGAAGCGGAGGCAUGCCCUGCUGGGGAAGAGGUUAACCACUCGAGCUGAAGACAGUGUUGGAAGACAGAAGAUGACUAGUGAUAAGAGGCGAAUAAAUCCGAUCACCGUUUUUGACAGAGAACUGGAGGUUGAUGGUUUGGUCGGAAGAGGGCCUGUUUGUGAAUUAGAGACUGAUUCCGUGUGAUUCUAUCACACAUGCUGGGCUCCACCUUCUACAAAGACCUACCAGAGCCCAGCCUACCAGUACCGCCUCCCACAACCAUCGUCUCUUUGGGCGAGAGGCCUACAAUAUCCUGCAGACUGUGUACGGAUUUUAUCAAGCCUAGAAUUAACAUCCCUGCGUGCUUUUCUCUAUGUAAAUGUUGAUCAUUCAGUUUUAUAUCAAGGUUUAAUGCUUAUUAAGUAAAUAAAAUAUACAUUUGAAUGUGGUGUUGUGUAUUUUUUUUUUUUGCCUCUCCCACCCCCCUGAUCGUGUGUGCGUGCGUGCGUGCGUGCGUGCGUGCGUGUGUGUGUUAAAGUGUUACUUUUAUUUAUUUAUUUCAAACGCAGUACCAGUAUACUGCAAGUACCCAAAUACAAGAAUGUACUAUAUUUUAUUUAUUUAUUUAUUUCAAACGCAGUACCAGUAUACUGCAAGUACCCA